GCGGAAGCGCAAAGGAUGCGCAGACGGCCCCGGCGUUCUGGGGGCGGGACCCGGGGAAGGCGCAGAGUAUCGCUCUUGCGAGUCCAGUUACAAAUGACGUCCCUUCUUUCCCCGCCCUGUAGGCGGGAGCAUCCAAUCAACGUCGAGAGCAUAGGCCCCGCCCCUCCCCACCACCUAUCAUGGGUCCCCGCGCCGGAUGUAUUGUGUCUGAAGCUGCUGAUUGGCUCCAGUGGGGAAGCUUGGUGGUCCGUGGUUCCGGAGCUUCCUCGGGAUGUCGGUGGCCUUCGUACCCGACUGGCUGAGGGGCAAGGCAGAAGUCAAUCAAGAGACUAUCCAGCGGGUACCAGCAUGUGUUACACAGAAAUCUCAUUUAUUUGGCUACCAUCGCAGAUGCCAGCCCAACCAGUACUUCAAAAGCAAUGGAAUAAUCUUCCAGUUGGCUGUCGUGAGGAGCAAUUAAGUAUAAUCCAUCUCUUACAAAAUAGAGACAGGAUCUUUACCAACUUACCUGGUUAAAACAUGAAUGAAACCUCUGUGGCUCUUUCAAAAAAUGUAAAAAUGUGAAGAAAGCUACUAACUUGACUUUUCUCAAUGUAAACUUUUUUUUCUUUUCAUGAUGAGCUUACCGUUCAAUUUUUUUUUUUUUUUUUAAUAAUUAAGCGAAUCCCUCAAUAAGUUGAGCCCAGGUGUCCUGUUUCCUGAACCUGGAGCAAGUUUGGAUAACAAAGACAUCACUGGGAUGUCUGAGUCUGCUUUUUACUUUCAACCUGAAGAGAAAAGUGAGUAGGGAUUGGUCAGGAAUUGGUGAGACUCCUGACUUGAGACCUUGCUAAAUGGACAUGUAACUGUGUGCUCCUUCCUACCAGUCUGUAAAUGUGGUACCCCGACUGCUGUUUUCAGAUUGCUUUGAAAAUAAAGCUUACUUUUCUAUAGAA